CGCUGGCAGUCUAGCUUAUAGAAGUUUUCUUCGAUAUGUGCAUCUACUGUAAUUAUCGCUUCAUACAGUGUGAAUCUCAAGAACCAAAAAGCAGAAUUGUAUUUUUUUAAUUUUGUGAAAUUUUCUCCGGCGCUACUGGCAUAUCGACCUUUGCGGCGGCAAUGACUUCUCGGAGCGUGCUUGUUUUUUUACUGGGAAGUAUAUAUAUCGCAAGGAGUGCCACGGCUCAGUAUUAUUUUACAUAUGAUGAUUUGGAGGCAACGUGCGGUCGCACAUUGGUUCUAGCUUGUCCAUACACUUCCGACGGCAGAGCUGGCACAUUCCGCUAUCGCAGCAUCGAGAUACUUUCGAAAGGAUUUUGCUAUUUCCACGUUACACUCAACUCCAACUGCAUGAAACCAUCUACGCAGUUUGCGUUUUAUUUCAACAUAAGAAAAUUCAGGGUUCCUGAUGGUGACGCCCUGAGUAUCCAUGAAAAUAAAGAUGAAUCACGACUUCUGAUCCUAAGCUUGUAUGGCGUCAGGGGUCAUCUAAGUAAUCCUGCGUCCGUCGCACAAACACUGACCACGUACGCUAAGGAACCAUCCGUCACGUUUGAGUACAAUCGCACCUCGUCGCUGGUCUACGCUGUGCACGAAGUCAUCAUCGACGUAGUCGUUGUUGAAGAUACGUCUCACUCGCACAACACUUACUGCGGGGCGCUGCAAGGCUACGUCAACGAAGACCUGAUCUGUGAUGCAGACGGGAUAAGUGAUCGUGUCAACUGUCCGUCCAGUUAUACAGCCAACCCGAAUGGAAUCAGUCCAGCUCUAUGGCGACAAUGCGAUCUAGAAGUUCAAGGCAGUAAAAAUACCGGCCUCAGCCCCCUUGCAACUGGAGGAAUCGUUAUAGGGAUCGCCAUUUUACUGUUUCUUAUUCUUCUGGCUGCAGUCGCGCGGCGUGGAUCACUAAGUCAAUCCAUUACGGCGACGUCAACGAGUACCACUGUAACGGGUCCACCGCUUAUUGUAACCAACCACGCACCUUCACCUGCCACUCCGCCUUCCAUGGAUUCCCCACCAUCGUAUGCGGACGUCAUGGUGGCACAGGCACAAAGCGCAAUUCCCCUGUCGCAUGCUUCCAUACCGAGAACUGUGAAAUAAAAAUUGCAGCAUGUCCAGCAUUUUGUCCGCUGAAUAAACUGUGAUAAAUUGUUGUUUUAUUACCUUUCGGCAUGUCUCUGGUGUGAUGACUUAGAUGGCACAAUUAGUAUGACGCAAUUAUUCAACUUGUCUGUAAAAUUUUCCGACGCUUUUGAAUCACCGGUUGUAUUAUAGCCGAUAACUGCGCAGAGGUCUAUACGAUAUAUAGAUCA